AUGAACGAGGAGGGCCACCCGAACCUGAAGUUUGACGUGGAUCCACUCGAGCCCGACCACUCUCUUCCGCCAUCACAGAGAGCACUAUAUGCGAAGCAACAGCGCGAUGCCAAAGGCGAGACGCCAUCUGGGAUUACAGCUGCAUCCCAAACAGGGCGCAAAAGCCCCAUUGUCGAGAAGGUCCAGAGAUUUGGGUGA